AAGUGAUUUGAAACGCAAUCAAGAAAAAGACACCAAAAACUGUCUUUUGUUGCAGAAACAAACAAUUGAAGAAUGCAUCUUUCUGCAACAUCAAAGUAGGCCUUCGGAAACUCCAAUGUCGUUGGCAAUGACAAACUCGCCAUCAUGCUUCCCUUGCAAGCUUCCAAAAACCAUUUCUUUCAAUUUCAUCGUCCUAGUUUUCCACCUCCCAUUUAUAGCAAACUCCACAUCUCCUCCAAGCUAGGAACCUCCCUUCCAAGCAGAUGGCGCGUCAAGACUCGAAUAGGAGGCUCGAGACGUUGCUGGACUUGGACAAGACCAAAAAGAACAUGACGAGGCAGGCCACACGGAAGCUCAUCCCGGGCCACGGCCUCGAGUUCACAAACCUAUCAUACAGCGUGCUCAAGAAACAGAAGAAAGAUGGUGUGUGGAUCACCAAGGAGACCUACCUGCUCAACGACAUCUCCGGGCAGGCCAUGAAGGGCGAGAUCAUGGCCAUCAUGGGGCCCAGCGGGGCCGGGAAAUCUACGUUUCUUGAUGCCUUAGCCGGCCGGAUUGCACAGGGGAGCCUCGAAGGCCAUGUCAGGAUGGAUGGCAAAGCAGUGACAGCCAGCUACAUGAAAAUGAUCUCAUCUUAUGUGAUGCAAGAUGAUCAGCUGUUUCCCAUGCUGACUGUUUUCGAGACAUUCAUGUUUGCUGCAGAAGUGAGGCUUCCACCAUCAAUCUCCACUGCUGAGAAGAAGAAGAGAGUUGUUGAGCUUGUCAAUCAGCUUGGUUUAACUAGUGCAAUGCAUACUUACAUUGGGAAUGAAGGGACAAGAGGGGUUUCUGGUGGAGAGAAGAGAAGGGUGUCUAUUGGUGUUGACAUAAUCCACAAGCCAUCACUGCUGUUUCUUGAUGAGCCCACCUCCGGCCUCGACUCGACGAGCGCCUACAGUGUCGUCGAGAAGGUGAAGGACAUAGCCAGAGGAGGCAGCAUAGUGCUCAUGACAAUCCACCAGCCUUCCUUCAGAAUCCAGAUGCUGCUAGACAGAAUCACAGUCCUUGCUAGGGGAAGGCUAGUAUACAUGGGAAGCCCAACUGCACUACCUCCCUACCUUGCCGGCUUCCAACGCCCCGUCCCAGAAGGCGAAAACAGCAUUGAGUACCUCCUCGACGUGAUCAAGGAGUACGACGAAUCAACUGUAGGGCUCGACCCUCUCGUUCUGUACCAGCGCGAUGGGAUCAAGCCGGAGCAAGUGGCCACAACCCCACUCCCGAAGAGGCUCAAGACUCCACAGGCAACGCCCCGUGGGAAGAGCUCGUGGUCGAAGCACAUCAGCCUGCAGAGCAGCCAGUUCUCCCAUCACGGAGGAGGAGGAGCCAUGACUCCUAGAUCAGGGCCGUUUGAUUACAGCAGCAAUCACGAUGAUGACGAAGAAAACUUCGACGCCUCAUUAGAGAGGAAGAGCAGAGUAAUGCCUCAAACGCCACUAAGCAUGCAAAGUGGAGCCUAUCCACGGCUGGCCUCACAUUUCUACAAGGACUUCUCCGUGUGGAUCUACCAGGGCGUCAAGGGGACUCCCCGACGCCCUCCCACGUGGACCCCGGCUCGCACCCCGGGCCAAACGCCAAUGUCGAGCUCAAGAAGCCACACGUACAACAGCCAUGCCCCACCUCCAAAAACACCAGUCUUUACCACUUCUUUUGACUCAUACACAACUUCUUACCAAGAAUUCGACGUCGAGGAAGAGCAAGUGCUGGACGAGCCCGAGCACAGGCACAAGUUCGCCAACCCGUGGCUGCGCGAGGUGGCCGUGCUCUCAUGGCGCACGGCCCUCAACGUGAUACGAACACCGGAGCUCUUCCUAUCUCGAGAGAUAGUCCUCACCGUGAUGGCUCUCGUCCUCGCCUCCCUCUUCAAGAACCUCCACGGAACCGAGUUCCUAAGCAUCAACCGCCUCCUCAACUUCUACAUCUUCGCCAUCUGCCUCGUCUUCUUCUCCUCCAACGACGCCGUCCCCACCUUCAUCCAAGAGAGGUUCAUCUUCAUCCGCGAGACCUCCCACAACGCCUACCGAGCCUCCUCCUACGUCGUCUCCUCGCUCAUCGUCUACCUCCCGUUCUUCGCCAUCCAAGGCUUCACAUUCGCGGCCAUCACCAAAUACAUACUCCGCCUCCACGGCGGCAUCAUCCCCUUCUGGCUCAUCCUCUACGCGUCGCUCAUCACCACAAACGCCUACGUGAUGCUGGUGAGCGCGGUGGUGCCGAGCUACAUCACCGGCUACGCUGUGGUCAUAGCCACCACGGCUCUCUUCUUCCUCACCUGCGGCUUCUUCUUGAAGUCGUCUCAAAUCCCAAUCUACUGGAAAUGGCUGCACUACAUCUCUGCCAUCAAGUACCCUUUCGAGGCGCUGCUGAUCAACGAGUUCAAGGGCACAAGGUGCUACCAUGGCUUCGGCGGGGAGCUCCAGCCCGGCCCCCUCGGAGAGAUCAGGAUCAGCGAGCUCCACAACAUAACUCGAGGGAUCAACUGCACCACUCGUGAUCAAGAGCUCAUGUUGAUCGGAGAAGACGUGCUCUUCACCAUGGAUAUCGAUCACAUUGAGAGUAUAUGGACUGACAUCGGCAUCCUCCUCGCCUGGGGCGUGCUGUACCGCCUUUUCUUCUACGUCGUGCUCAGAUUCUACUCCAAGAAUGAGAGGAAAUGA